CAACAGCACGUCACAUGAACACAAACAUUAUCCGCUAUCUAUCUCCGAGUGCUGACUCCUGAGCUGCAAUUCCUCUCUCUGUCUCUCUGUUAGUAUGAAUACCCAACCAACUCAUACACAAAUCCAUUAUCUUUCUACUCCUUUUCUUCAUUCCCAUACCAAGCUUCUCUUCAUAUCGCAGAAGCUUGAGUCAGCGAAAGUGACUAUCUCUAGCAAGAAAUUAUGUUAUGGAGUACAUAGUCAAAGGACAAAUAGGUUGAGUUAUUGGGCUAUUGUUUCGAGGAGAAGUAGAAUUAGGAGCUCAGUGAGUGAAGCUGAAGCGUACAAGGAGCAAAACCAAGAGGUCGUAAGGAGGGCGUACCCUUUUCACGAGAUUGAGCCCAAAUGGCAGCGUUAUUGGGAAGAUAAUCGCACUUUCCGAACCCCAGAUGAAAUCGACACCUCUAAACCUAAAUUCUAUGUUCUGGACAUGUUCCCUUAUCCCAGCGGUGCUGGGUUACAUGUUGGACAUCCGCUGGGAUAUACUGCCACGGACAUUAUUGCUAGAUUGAAGCGUAUGCAAGGUUACAAUGUUCUGCACCCAAUGGGUUGGGAUGCUUUUGGAUUGCCUGCAGAGCAAUAUGCAAUUGAGACAGGAACCCACCCAAAAAUCACUACACUGAGGAACAUUGAUCGCUUCCGAACCCAGCUUAAAUCAUUAGGAUUUUCAUAUGAUUGGGAUCGUGAAAUAUCUACUACAGACCCCGAAUAUUAUAAGUGGACACAAUGGAUCUUUCUUCAGCUACUAAAGAGAGGGUUAGCGUAUCAGGCUGAGGUACCAGUUAAUUGGUGCCCUGCCCUUGGCACUGUUUUGGCAAAUGAGGAGGUGGUGGAUGGUGUGAGUGAGCGUGGUGGUCACCCAGUUAUAAGAAAGCCCAUGCGGCAAUGGAUGCUCAAGAUUACAGCUUAUGCGGAUCGUCUUCUUGAAGACUUGGAUGACCUUGAUUGGCCUGAAAGUAUAAAGGAAAUGCAAAGGAACUGGAUAGGGCGGUCAGAAGGGGCUGAGAUGGAUUUUUUUGUUCUUGACGGUGAUGGACAGGAAACAGACAAAAAAAUAACUGUUUAUACUACCAGACCUGAUACCAUCUUUGGUGCAACCUAUUUAGUCGUAGCACCGGAGCACUUCUUGCUUUCAUCAUUAGUAUCUGUGGUUCAGAGUAAAAGUGUGGAAGAAUACAAAGAGGUUGCCUCAAGAAAGAGUGACCUUGAGAGGACUGAGCUUCAGAAGGAAAAGACUGGCGUCUUCAGUGGCUCUUAUGCAAGAAAUCCAGCUAAUGGGGAAGCAAUCCCUAUAUGGAUCGCAGAUUACGUUUUGGGGAGUUAUGGAACAGGAGCAAUAAUGGCUGUACCUGCACAUGACACUCGUGACUAUGAGUUUGCUUCAAAGUAUGACUUCCCCAUUCAUUGGGUUGUGAAGCCUAAUGAUGAAAGCUUUAGUGAUCCAGCAAAGGCUUAUUCAGAUAAAGGCACUACUAUGAAUUCUUCAAAUUUGACAUCUGGUCUUGAUAUCAACGGGUUGCAAAGCAAAGAAGCUGCUUCAAAAGUUAUCAAGUGGGCCGAGCAAACUGGGAAAGGCAAGAAAAAGGUAAACUACAAGUUGAGGGACUGGCUUUUUGCUCGACAACGGUAUUGGGGGGAGCCUAUCCCGGUCAUCUUCCUAGAAGAUACUUGUGAGAGUAUUCCAGUUCUUGAAACUGAACUGCCCCUUACAUUACCCGGAUUGGAUGAUUUUACUCCUACUGGGACGGGAGAGCCACCGCUAUCAAAAGCUGUUUCUUGGGUCAAAACCACAGAUCCUUUAUCAGGGAAACCUGCCAGCAGAGAGACAAGCACCAUGCCGCAAUGGGCUGGUUCUUGCUGGUACUACUUGAGAUAUAUGGAUCCAAAGAAUUCCAAAGAAUUGGUUGAUAAGACAAAGGAAAUGUAUUGGAGCCCAGUUGACAUAUAUGUUGGUGGUGCUGAACAUGCUGUUCUUCACUUACUUUAUUCAAGGUUCUGGCACAAGGUGCUUUAUGACAUUGGUGUCGUUUCAACUAAAGAGCCGUUCAAAUGUGUCAUUAACCAGGGCAUUAUCCUUGGAGAAGUUCAAUAUACAGCGUGCAAAGACUCAGAUGGAAAUUAUGUGUCUGCAAGCUCUGCUGAUGUGUUUGGUGAACUUCGUCAAGAAAUAAUUCCUGAAGAAAAAGUGAUCAAAUCUGGGGAUUCUUUCGUACUAAAGGAUGAUCCCAGCAUUCGCGUGGUUGCUCAUGCUCACAAAAUGAGUAAAAGCAGGGGAAAUGUAGUCAAUCCUGAUGAUGUUGUAUCUGAGUAUGGUGCAGAUUCUCUUCGGUUAUAUGAAAUGUUCAUGGGACCAUUCAGAGACACAAAAACAUGGAAUACCAGUGGUAUUGAAGGUGUCCACCGAUUUCUAGGGCGAACUUGGAGGCUGAUUGUUGGUCCACCUCUACCUAAUGGUACAUUCAAAGAUGGAACUGUAGUAACCGAUGAGGAACCGACUUCUGACCAGCUUCGUGCUCUUCAUAAAUGCAAAGCUAAGGUAACAGAUGAAAUUGAAGGCACUCGGUUCAACACUGGAAUUUCUGCAAUGAUGGAGUUUCUAAAUGCAGCAUAUAAGUGGGAUAAACAACCAAGAUCGAUUAUUGAAGCAUUUGUUCUGUUGCUUUCCCCUUACGCACCUCACAUUGCUGAAGAGCUCUGGUUUCGCCUUGGACACUCCAAAUCUUUGGCAUAUGAGCCCUUUCCGAAGGCCAAUCCUGCUUACCUGAAGGAGUCCACUGUUGUCCUUCCAGUUCAGGUCAAUGGCAAGACGAGAGGUACCAUACAGGUGCAAGAUGGGUGUUCGGAGGACGAUGCAUUCGAAUUAGCUUCGCGGGAUGAGAAACUGUACAAGUAUUUCGAAGGAAAAACUAUCAAAAAGAGGAUCUACGUGCGUGGAAAGAUCUUGAAUGUUAUCCUUGGCCCUCAAAAUGCAAAGGUGGGUGUUCGAUGAUUUUGUCCGACACUUGCUGGUAAAGAAUGCUCAGAAGUGGAUGUGGAGCUCACAUUUGCAUGGCUUCUAAGGUUGUGCUGUUGGAUGUCAAGAAUAAUAGGCCCACUGGGUGAUAUAAAAAUAUAAAUCAUUCAUCACUCCAUGAGCUUAUGCUUUUAGGUCAA